UAGAAGAGUUGGUUUGUGGGAGUAACUGCCUUCUUCAAGACCCAGGUUCAAAACUUAGCUCCAACAAUCAAUUUUUAUUUUUUGAUUGGGUCUCAUUCGGUCAGUUAAAAAUACACGCCUACUCCCUUUUCUCUCUCUUUCACAUCAGGUUAUUUCCUCUAAACCCAAAACAAAUUUCAUCCUUCACCUUCACACGUUUCUUUCUUCAGGGAUCAAGCAGCUGCCGAAUCUUUUUCUUGGCAAGAUUUUGAAAAUUAUACUUGGAAUUCUCCAUCUUGUUUCCACUUUUCUAAUGUGAAGUGGAUGAUUUGAGACCAAAUUGUAUUUGGAUUCAAGGAUACCUUUCAGAAAUUGUGUAGAGAUCAACUUCGGGAUCAUCAAGCAGAAUUGUUGGAGCAAUUAUUAGAGAGUGGUGAAGUUCAAAGUGGGAAAGGAUUAAAUCAAGAGCGGGGGCUUCAAAAGCCAGGUGACAUCGUUGGGGAUCACAUUGUAAAACAUUGGAUAACUUUGUUAUUUUAUUUUUUUCUAUUGUUCAUGUGCUUGGGGUGAUUGAAUGUGAAGGUGAUGUUAAUGAUAGGUUGCAAGCAGAAGCUUUUUCGAGUAAAAUUAAAGCAUUUGAAUUUGUUAUCUUGCUUCACUUAAUGUUGAAAGUGUUGAUAAUGUCAAACGAGCUGAGCAAAGCAUUACAGAAGAAAAAUCAAGAUAUUGUCAAUGCCAUGGUAUUUUUGAUAUCACAAAGGAAAGGUUGCAAGAAAUGAGAGAUAAAGGAUGGGAACCAUUGAUGGAUGAAGUAUAUUUAUUUUGUGCAAAACAUGAUAUUUUGGUGCCCAAGAUGGAAGAAUUCUAUAUUCCUGGAAAGUCGAAGCGUAGGCCUUCUAGUGUUACUUAUUCACGUUACUUACGUGUUGAGCUUUUUUAUGCUGUGAUUGAUUUGCAACUUCUGGAGCUUAAUAGUCGUUUUGAUGUUGUGAGUAGUAACCUGCUUCUUGGUAUGGCUAGCUUGAAUCCGGCUAACUCAUUUGCUAAUUUUGAUAAGGAAAGAAUAAUGACAUUGGCCAAGCAUUAUCCCGAUGAGUUUGGUGAAUUGAAGCUUCGAGAUCUUAGUCGCCAACUUGACACUUUCAUAUGGCAUAUGCAACAUGGUGACCCUAUGUUCUCUGAUUUGAAAGGAAUUGGUGAUUUGGCGAAAGCAUUGGUUGAGACAAAUCUUGUGGAGACUUAUUCACUUGUUUAUUUGCUUGUGAAGUUGACUUUAAUUUUACCUGUCACAACUGCAACGGUGGAAAGAGCAUUCUCAUCUAUGAAGUACAUCAAAGAUGAAAUGCAUAGUAGUAUUGGUGAUGCAUUUUUAAAUGAUUGUUUAGUUUGUUACUUUGAGAAGGAAGUGUUUGUAAAUAUAAGCAAUGAUGCUAUUAUUGACAGUUUUCAAAAUAUGAAAACGCGUCGAGUUCAACUAUGAGUGGACAAUAUACUUUUGUUAUAUUAGUAUCAAGUUAAUGGUAUUUGAUAAUAUUGAUAUUUUUAUUUUGAUGAUAAA